AUGAUGAAGCCUGGAAAGGUCUCCGCUCAGCAUAUCGAGGUGGUGGAUGGUGGUCUGCCUGAGCACCAGGAACCAGAUGGCGUCAAGGUGAUGGGGACAGUGAAACUCACUGAAAGCUCGAUUGUCUACAUCCCCACGCCGACUGCGGAUCCACAGGUUUUAACCGUGGGCAUAUCUCUCGUGUCUGGCUUUGGAGGGUUGUUGAGCUUCUACAUCCCUGAAUGCGCCGCCGCCGGCAAGGGCUAUGCGGCGAUCUCGCAAUUGAUGACAUAUCCGACACAUUUCAUGGGGAUUGGCAAUCUAAUAGGCAUGCCCCUUGCAAUCGCAAUUGGUCGUCGUAUCGUCCUCCUGGCCUUACUGUGCUUCUUAUUUUCGGAUUUGUCUUAUGUGCUACCGCGAAAUCAUAUGAGUGGCGACAGUGGCUGCAUACUACUUCUGCUUCGUUGGAGCUAA